UCUAUUCAGCCCAUUAGGGUUUCUUUAUACAUCCCCCACACCCCCUCCCCACGUCCUCCUCCUCCAGAACUGCAGCCGCCGCCGACGCUCCCUCCACCUCCAGAAACUGAAGAACGCCGCCGCCUCUCCUGGACACGCCUCCGGCCUGCCUCAUCCGCCGCCUCUCCUCAUUCAGGAUGAACUCUAGUUCCGAUGAAAAUGCUACAGUCGAAGUGGUGUUCCCAAAUGCAGCAGCUGCUGCUGAAGCCGAUGCAGAGCUGACUGGAGGGUAUGCUGCGUCCGAUGAGCCAAAUUCUGCUGCUGUUCCAUCAUCUGGGUCUGGUAAUGUCACUCCUAAUGAGAAGGACUUUGAAUCCAUAGUUGCUAGCACAUUAGGAGAGAUGCCACCAGAACUUGCUGCAAUGGCCAAAGAUCCAAAGAGGCAUGCUAAAUCCAAAGACCCUGGGUGGAAGUAUGGGUUCUGGCCAUAUGAAGGAAAGAGAGAUAUGGUGCAAUGCAUCUUCUGGUGAGUAUAUAUUGCAUAU